AUGGAUAAUGUUACAGCAGCUAACAUUACUUCAUUGUUUUUGCUGAAAGUACAUGGACUACCAAGAUGGACUUCUUAUACAUUUAUAAGUUGCAUGAUAUUAAUAGCACUUAUUGGAAUUCCAGGGAAUGCCAUUGUUUUAGCAGUGCUUCAAAAACUUCGUGAAAAAAGUAGUACUGAUUAUUUCGUCUUCUCCAUGUCGAUCAUCGACUUAUAUUCAGCCACUGUGAAUACCGUAUCUUACGUUUUACAUUACGAACCGAGCAUUUGGAAGUUAUUGUCAUCAAUAACUUUUUGUCGUCUGCAUGUUUUCUCUAUUGGUUUUCCGAACAUCACAACAACAUUGCUGCUGGGCGCCACCGCCUACGAUCGGUACCGGAGAACUAGUAGCAACACUAUCAAAGACUCUCGGACAGCAUCCACUACUGCAAAACGUUUUUCUAUUGGAAUACUUGUUUCGGGGUUAUCGUACAGUACGUUCUUUAUAUUUACCACGUCCUACGAAUCAGCAACACAAACCUGUGGUCGCGAGGGAAACUAUAUGCUAAUUGCAAGCGUUUUUUCGGUGAUCAUGGGUCUGGUUUUUAUAUCAAUGUUUAUGGUUGUUAUAGUAUGCUACACAAAAGUUGCAAUUAUUUUACACCGCCAUCACAAAACUAUGACUAAAGCGGAAAAAUAUCCCACAGAGGAAAAUAAAACCAAGAAAAAUACCACGACCAGCAACAGGAGGCUGAGUAACCACUCAGAUGGAAAUGUAUUUGAUGUGGAAUCUUCAAGAGAAUUUCCCAUUGAUUUCCAGUCGUCUGAGGUUGUACACUCAACUGAGAGAAGUGUAAAUGACGUUAAGAUAACGAAUGAUGACAGGAUACCAAGCUACUCGAAAAACAUGGUGAACAUUGCUGAGGCGUGUGAGCAGAGUCGGUAUGACUCCAAAAUGCCACAGAAACAGAUUUUAGCGUCUGUUGAUGACGCAAAGGAAAAGAGAAGCAGGAAAAUGGUAAAUCGUACAACCUUAAUGAUGUUCUUUAUAACCCUCGUCUAUGUAAGUACAUGGGUUUUAAACUGGACUGCCUCCAUCUAUGGUCUUUUAACGGAUUCAAGAUCAUCGUCUGCCGUUUUUCUUACACAAAAAAUAUUUAUGAUCAAUUGUAUGACCAAUCCUUUAUUUUACAUCAUCAUGAGUUCAAAGUUCAGACAAAAAGCAAAGAAACUGCUAUGUUUUACUUUUGCAUGCGAAUAA